CUGUAUUUGUCUAUGGUAUUAUAUCAAUGACAGUCAGGCUUCUAUUAAGGUUCGAUUUAUAUGUGUCUCUGUAAAGUGCAUGUUUAUAACUGUAGCUAUACAUGUGUUUGUGUGUAUGGUGUCCAUUACAGUUGCCACCUUUUCUGAAGCUUUUAACUUUCUCUCUAUUAAUAACAUUGGCAUCACAUUGAUAGGACAGCAGCCAGCACUAUGGUCUGGUUAAUAGAUCCCACCAGUCUGUAGGAAUGGCCUGUGUACAAAGCUCUUCUCUGUAGGACAGGUCUGUGCUUGUUCUCACUCAGUAAACACAGGGAAGAGGAAGUCUCUGUGCGUUUCCAGCUAGUUCAAUGAGCAGCAUGAAAAGUGUUUGUAAUCAGGGUCAUUUCCUAGGUAACGGGGACUCGGCAGCCAUGUGAGACAUCGCAGCUCCUCUUACAAGAGAGAGGCAGGGUGAGAGACAGAAAGAGAACAGUGCAGAAAAAAGCGAUCAAAUAGAGGUUUAUAAAAAUACAGCAAAGGAGACAGAAAAUACAUGGACCCAAGCAACAUAAGGCAGAGGGUUAAAAAAGUAAAAUCAGACUUCUGAGAAAAUAAAAAUAGUUCUAGAGACAGUUGGAUUAGAACUAAACUAAGUAAACCUUCCCGAGGGGAAUUUUUAUCUAAGCUUGACACUUGAAUUCCAAAGUGUACAGAAACAGAGGCCUUAGAGACAAGGAAGAAUUAGUACAGCAAGAGUGGACAGGGACAUAGUAAAGCAAGAAGAGUAGAGAUGAGAAAAUAACAGCCAAUAAAGUUGAGGAAACAUAAGAGACAGGUGCAAAGACGAUGUGGAAUAAUACAAUAGAAACAGGGGUGUUGUAUCCACCUAUCCUUCAGUAAGACUUGGAGCAAGAAGAGACACAACUGUGUGACGACCAAGGCCCAUGCUGGUCUGUUCCCUUGAUUUCUCAACACCCACAGUAUGUCCCACUCUUCCUCCACCCUCAAAAGAUAUACUGAUACAUCUUAUACCAAAAGUUAUGGGGGCUACAGUUCAUAUACCUCCAACCUCAAUUCAUCCUAUAUUGACCGUGAUAAACUCCCAUACAAGACAAGUUAUGGUAGCUCAUAUCUUUCCAGUUCCCCACAUCUCCGAUCCUACCCAGAGUUGGAACGGAGCCUUCCUCGUCUAGAUGUAACUAGCAAAAGGACAGACAUUGUGGGACGUUCUACAUCUAAAUAUGGGACAAGUAAUUACCCAACAUACUCCUAUGGCUACAACUCUACAUAUUCCCCUGUCACCUCUCUGACACGCAGAAAGUCCUCCAGUCACACAGACCUGUCCCAUGGAUUUUCAGAGUUGCGGGCUUCUGAUACUUACUAUUCUCCUAGUCCAGCACUGACGCGCAGCCGACUUGAAGUCGAUGGAAACUACCGAGCUUCAAAAACCACGAAUCUCGUUGAAGUUAGUGAUGUCUAUGGAAAAAAGAGGGGGAGCACCAAUGGUUAUGGAAUUUCCCGUACUACUGUUCAAGAGCCAGCACCGUCCUCUCCAAAGUUCAAUUCACGAUUCCUUCAUAACUACGAGAAAAAAGAGGAAUCAAGUGGCAAAGAGGAGCAAUCCUCCAAACAUGUGCAGGGUCUGGUGGGCCUUCGGAAUCUGGGUAAUACGUGUUUUAUGAACUCCAUACUUCAGUGUUUGAGCAAUACAAAGGAUUUAAGAGAUUAUUGUCAGCAGAAUUCAUAUCGUCGGGAUCUCAGCUCGAAGAAAUGUAAUACUGCAAUUAUGGAAGAAUUUGCACAAUUGCUCCAGGCAAUUUGGACUAGUUCAGCCAAUGAAGUGGUGAGCCCAUCUGAGUUCAAAACCCAAAUACAGCGAUAUGCACCUCGCUUCAUGGGAUAUAACCAGCAAGAUGCUCAGGAGUUUCUACGAUUUCUCUUGGAUGGUUUACACAAUGAAGUAAACAGGGUGACAGUCAAACCCAGACCUUCUAGCCAGGAUUUGGACCAUAUGCCUGACUCAGAGAAAGGCAAACAGAUGUGGAAGCGAUAUCUGGAGAGGGAAGACAGCAGAAUUGUAGAACUGUUUGUUGGCCAGCUGAAGAGUUCCCUCACCUGCACAGAAUGCGGAUACUGUUCCACUGUGUUUGACCCAUUUUGGGACCUCUCACUUCCAAUAGCUAAGAAGAGUGCCUCUGAAGUAUCCCUCGUAGACUGUAUGCGACUUUUUACUAAGGAAGAUGUUUUAGAUGGUGACGAAAAACCAACAUGCUGCAGAUGUAAAGCUCGCAGAAGGUGCACAAAGAAAUUCACCAUCCAAAAAUUUCCCAAAAUUCUUGUGCUUCAUCUUAAGCGAUUUUCUGAAGGACGCAUCAGAAGUGGCAAACUCUCCACAUUUGUGAGUUUCCCUCUUAAAGACCUGGACCUGCGGGAAUUCUCUUCAGAAUCAAACCCUCAUGCAUCGUAUAAUCUCUAUGCUGUAUCCAAUCACUCUGGAACCACUAUGGGAGGACAUUACACAGCCUACUGCAAAAACCCAAGUAACGGAGAGUGGUAUACAUUUAACGAUUCUAGAGUCACUGCAAUGUCUUCCAGUCAGGUCAGAAGUAGUGAUGCUUAUGUUUUGUUCUACGAGCUGUCUGGCCCCUCAUCUAGAAUGUAGAGUUGGAACUUAAGACUUUGCAAACCUGUAAUGGGAAUUCAAGACCCAAACUGCAAUAUCUGGAGAGGAACUAAUUGGGAUACUCCCUCUGCACUGAGCUACUUGACUAUAUUUUUAUACUAUAUUUUAAUUUCAUAGUUUGAAUAUGGAAUCAACAAAACCAGCAUUUUAUACAGAACCAUCAUCUGCCUUACCUCCCUAGCAAAAGGAUGCUGGAAAUGUGCUAAGUACUGGACCAGUGGAAUAAUACAGGCUGAUCACCUUAAGUAUCAGAAUGCAGGAAGAAUGUGUGUCUUUCAGACUAGAUCAUGGUGUAGAUCUUUAAUAUAAUGCACCAUCUGAUGGUGGCAAGUGGCAGCACGGCUCAGUGUUUUUAGUCAUGCAGUGAAAGGAGCUGUAAUAAAAAUACUCGUUUACUCGUUUUACUUAUUGUUGUGGAAAUAGUGCAAAUUGUAAAGUAUCAACUACACCAACUGAUAUAUAAAGCAGUUUAAUAGUAUCAAGAGUUACUCAGGAUUUCAUCUAUAAAAAUAUUUAAGUGUAAGCCUCACUAAAUGAAAAAUCAAUGUCAUUUGGUAGAAAGUCUUACUUAUUUGGGGGCCACUUUUUGGAAGAGCCGUGUAGUGUGGCUGUCAUUGUACUUAAUGUUAUCUGUCUGAAGUGACGUGAAUUUUCAUGUUUGCUGCAAUUUAUCUCUAAUUCUAUGUUUGAACAAGCUUUGUAAAUGAAUAGGCAGAUCUCAUGUUGCAAUUUUUGAGAGGAUUGGUCUCUCAUUUCAAAGGUGGUUGGAUAUUUAGGUCCCUGAGAAAAAUGCACAGCAUAUGUUUGCUAUUUUGAAGGGAUACGAUAUUCAAAGUAAUAUUUAUCUUAGGCCGCUAUCUUAUUCAGCAAAACUGUAGCCUUCAAAGUACUGUAUUUAAGCUCUUAAGAGGCAUGUUAAUAGAUUCUAGACUGAGCAUUUAUUUUGUAUGCAUGUUGUUGUCUGCUUGAGACAGACACUGAUGUAUUUAAAAUGAACUAAAGCAGUAUUAAAGGGGUGGUUCACCUUUAAGUUAACUUUUAGUAUGUUAUAGAAUGGCUUAUUCUAAGCAACUUUUCAAUUGGUCUUCAUUAUUUAUUUUUUAUUAUUUUUAAAUGAUUUGCCUUCU